AUGCUCUCGCGCCUAGUCCAGCGCAGGCUCGCCGCCUCCCUGCGCAACUGCAAGACGACUCCCUCCCCGUCCACCAGCAGCCGGUCCGUCCAACGAAGAUGGAUAACGCCUGCCCCGAAACCCGGUGACGGACCUCUCAUGUCCCGCCGAGCAGACCGCGAGCUCCCAGAAAUCAGCCAAGUCCGCUUCCGCUGGGGCCGCACCCUCCCCAUCUUCCUCGCCAUCGUGUCCGUCUGCUCCAUCUCCAUCUUCAACUACCAAAAGACGUCGUCGCCCAUUGUGUCCUCGACGCUGUACGCCCUGCGCACCAACGCCCGCGCCCGCGCCAUCCUCGGCGACGACAUCUACUUCAAGCACCAGAUUCCCUGGAUCAGGGGCCAGAUGAACCAGAUGCAGGGCCGGAUCAACAUAUACUUCACCGUCAAGGGGACCAGGGGCUGGGCCACGAUGCGCUUCGCCAGCCACCGCCCGUCGUCGAGGUCGCUCUUUGAAACGACCGAGUGGAGCCUGACCACGGCCGACGGCGAGUGGGUUGACCUGCUGGAAGGGGGGGAUCCGUUCCGAGGGCUGCUGGGCGAUGACGGGCUCGCCGCCAUGGAAGAAGACGACCUGCAUGCCACGAGGGGAUAUCGACAGCAGGGCGCGCUGAACAAGUGA